CCUUUUCCCUUGAUUGAUAAAUUUAGUCUCUGAAUCUUCAAAUUGUUGCUUUUGGUGUUGGCCUACAGGAAGUCCUUAAAUAUGGAGUGUAACCUGCUAAUUAACUCAGUUGGGUCAACCAACUUACCUAGGUUCACAGUGGAAUAUAUCAAUGGAGUUCGAGGAAAUAUGGCUUCAUACAAAACAAGAAUUGGUUUUCAUAGGAUGCAUAAAUCAUUUCUAGUCCCUACUUGGAAAUACAAUAUCCCAGGUACCUCUUGGAAAAUAUUUUGUGCCCCUGAAAAGUUGGAGCAGCAAUUUUCAGUGGUAGUAUCAACGAAAAGAGCAGAGGUUGGUGAGUCUGAUCCUGAGGCUUCACCUGAAAAAAUCCCUGCAAAACCUUUGAGUAGCGAUGAGUUGAAGUUACUGCUUGCCGAUGCUGAAAGAUUAAAGCUUCUCAAGAAAUUGAGUGAAGCCAAUCAAUAUAAUCGGUUGCUUAAGCGAGAGGUACAUAUUUUGUUGGUUUCCAAUGCUAUCUCGAUUUUAUUAUGAGACUGAUAAUGUGGAUGAUUCUCCAUUUGAGUUUCUUCCACCCAUAAUAUUAGUGCUAUGUGAGAUAAAACUUGCCUUUGUCAACCAGGAGAGAACAGUAAAUUUAGAAUAUUUCAUCCUCUUGUGAGCAAUGAGUAUUAG